AUCCUAUUGGCAUCCAGGAGGCAGGGAGCCAGCCCCUGGGCGCGGCCUGCAGGGGGCAGGCGAUCGCCUGGGGAAGCGGGGGCAGGACGAGUCCCAAGAGCCAGCAGCUCCCGCUCCGCAGCCACAGGGACCGCUCUGCGCCCGCCCGGUGCGCCCUCCUUGGCCAGUGAACUCGCACUGCCCCGCUGCAGCCAUGUGUGCGGCUCGGACGCCGCCGCUGGCGCUCGUCUUCCGAGGGACUUUCGUCCACUCCACCUGGACCUGCCCCAUGGAGGUGCUUCGCGAUCACCUCCUCGGCGUGAGCGACAGCGGCAAAAUAGUGUUUCUAGAAGAGUCAUCUCAGCAAGAAAAACUGGCCAAGGAGUGGUGCUUCAAACCAUGUGAGAUCAGAGAGCUGAGCCACCAUGAGUUCUUCAUGCCAGGCCUUGUUGAUACGCACAUCCAUGCCCCUCAGUAUGCCUUUGCUGGAAGCAAUGUUGACCUGCCGCUUUUGGAGUGGCUGACCAAGUAUACAUUUCCCACAGAACAAAAAUUCCAGAACACUGAUGUGGCUGAAGAAGUCUACACUAGAGUUGUCAGGAGAACACUAAAGAACGGCACCACCACGGCUUGCUACUUUGGAACAAUUCACACUGACUCAUCCCUGAUCCUUGCAGAAAUUACAGAUAAAUUUGGGCAGCGAGCAUUUGUGGGCAAAGUAUGCAUGGAUUUGAAUGACACUGUUCCAGAAUACAAGGAGACCACCGAGGAGUCAGUCAAGGAGACAGAGAGAUUUGUGUCAGAAAUGCUCCAAAAGAAUUAUCCAAGGGUGAAACCCAUAGUGACCCCGCGCUUUUCCCUUUCUUGCACGGAGACUCUGAUGAGUGAACUUGGCAACAUCGCCAAGACCCACGAUCUGUACAUUCAGAGUCACAUAAGUGAAAAUCGUGAAGAAAUUGAAGCUGUGAAGAACUUAUACCCUAGUUACAAAAACUACACAGAUGUCUAUGAUAAAAACAACCUUCUGACAGACAAGACAGUGAUGGCACAUGGCUGCUACCUUUCUGAAGAGGAACUUAAUGUCUUCAGUGAACGAGGAGCGUCCGUUGCACAUUGUCCCAACUCUAAUCUGUCGCUGAGCAGUGGCUUACUGAAUGUGCUUGAGGUCCUGAAGCAUAAAGUGAAGAUAGGGCUGGGGACAGAUGUGGCUGGUGGCUACUCCUAUUCCAUGCUCGAUGCUAUCAGAAGAGCAGUCAUGGUUUCCAAUGUCCUCUUAAUUAAUAAGGUGAACGAGAAAAGCCUCACCCUCAAAGAAGUCUUCAGACUAGCCACUCUUGGAGGAAGCCAAGCCCUGGGGCUUGAUAGUGUGAUUGGAAACUUUGAAGUUGGCAAGGAAUUUGAUGCUCUCUUGAUCAAUCCCAGAGCAUCGGACUCUCCCAUUGAUCUCUUUUAUGGGGAUUUUGUUGGUGAUAUUUCUGAGGCUGUUAUCCAGAAGUUUCUCUAUCUAGGAGACGACCGAAAUAUUGAGGAGGUUUAUGUGGGUGGAAAACAGGUCGUUCCAUUCUCCAGCUCAGUGUAAGGACCUUGGACAUCCAUGACAUUCUCCUGGGAAGACAUGAUUCCGCAAUCUUCCUCGUGCCCAGGGACCAAUCAGAAAGUAUAUUUUAAAAAAAGUACCGUGUUCUUUGGAUGACUUCUGUUCCUGUGUCUCCUUCCAGUGCUCACUUGGUAAACUGUUUGAAGGGAGUGUGCUGUUUCUCCACUCUGGUCUGGGAGCAUUGUAAUUUCAUGACAGUGCCUCCCGUUGGGCUGUUUAGAUUUGCAUUAACACAGAAGACAGUGUUAAGAACUGGCAAUGUGCUUCCAAUAGUGAAGUAAAACCUUUCCACAUAGGGAAAUACAGGAUGAGGAGCUCUCCCUAUGUGGUUAGACACUCUGCUAAUGACUGAGAAAAUUAGGAAACUCCAGUAUGGACCAAUGAGCAGAUUUUUGUGAGAGCGCACAAGGUAGACAUUGAAAAGACAUUGGAAAACCAUUGAUUGUGCUUGGAAAUUAAAUAUAGAGAACACUCGUGUAAAAGGAGAACUUCCUGGAUUUAAAACAUGCUUCUAGAUUGACCUUGUCUAUGGACAUUUGCACUUUGUGAAAUUUGCAUUUCAGGGUGUGUUAUUGUUAUGCUUUCCCUUCUUGGGAUGAAUGUCAAAACCCGAAUGCCAUGCGCUUUUCAAAUAUAGUUCUAUGCUUCAAAGUGUUUGGCAGAAGUUGAGUAGUAAAGAUUUAAAGUCUCUUAGGGGUAGUAUUCACAUAGCCGCAAGGCAUAAAUAGUUGUGUUUUUGUGUACUUCAAAAUCAUCUUGAUUCCUGGCUGUGAGGUGUUCCAGUUGCUUCUGUUUUAUUAGAUGAGAAACAAGCCCUGUGCACGUUGCUGCUCUGUAGACUGGAGUCUUCAUAAAUCGGGGAAUUACUGUAUUCCCCGGAGUUGGUAACACUAAGGGGACAGGGUUCUUUGUAAUGCUGAAUCUACCCAACGCAAUGCAUAAUCAUUGCUGUACAGUUCACCCUCCUAUCAAUGUGCUAGAACUUAAAAGCCAAGUGCAAGUCCCUUAAAGAAUUAUGGAUAAGGCUCUGUAAGGCCGGUAUACCAAAAGAACUCUAUGUUUUGUUUUGUUUUUUAAUUUCUCAAAUUGUCAUUGUAAUUCUUUAAGAUUUUUCUGGCAUUAAAAUCUUAGAAUAGUGAAAAGGAUAUAAAAAUUCCAUUUAAUAUUUAUAUUUCUAGGACUUACCUGUCCUAGACAUCAAGGAAUAUUAGACAAAAGAGGGCCUUUUAGCUUUUCUAACUUAUAUAGAACCAGAACUAAAACCAGGUCAUGACCACAUGGCAGAGCCUUAGGAAGCAAUGUUGUGGAUUCUACUUAAAUACUACAUUUUUCUUAAUUAAUUCCACCUCCUAUAAAUAAGAAAGGACCAGGAACAGGCUUUAUUAGCAUAUAUUUCAUUCCUAGGGUUUAGGUGAGUUUCCAUUGUAUCUUAUAACAAAAAUCCAUUAGGCAAUAGUUAGUUUUCACAUCUAAGAACACAUAGUUCUUCUGUUCUCCAUGCUAACUCAGCAGUAACUUGUCCAGAUCUAUUUUCCUAGUACAACCACUUUUAGAUCUGGUUGAGUGUAUGUUAUAUCUAAAGAUGGUACACAUUUAAGGUCUUACUUUGUUUUAUUUUAAAAGAAGAGAGGGGGGGGGAUUUGUUUUGUGGGAUAUAGGUUAGUAAACCCAACCUCUGGCUUUAGUCUGCAUGUCCAGUGUUGCUAGCACAUCAGAAAUAUCAAAAUAAGCUGCCAGAUCCCCCUGCCCCAUUUCUCUCUGAGGCUGUGUCUUUUGACUCUUGUCAAAGGGUUUGCAGACCUCACACUCGUCCUCUUGAAGGGUGUGUAUUUUGAUGUUGAACAUCAGCUUUUAUUUAAACUUAAGACUCACAUGCAGUAAUAUAAGUAAAUGUAAUUCUUGAAGCAGGAAUAGCAGUGGUCAUGUAACACCAUCCUGUGGAGCAUUCAGAUUAGUCCUGAUAAUGUGUUGCCAGUUGAAUAACUUCUAAUAGAAAUAAGGUGUUGAAGUGUUUACAUGUACUUUGAGUACUUUGAUCUCCCUGCAUCACUUGUAACAUACGUGUUUUAAUUCCCCAAGUGAAGUGUUCAUGAGUGUUACUUAUGCUUGUUUGAGUGUCCCACACAUAGGGCCAGAUAUCCUGCACUUUGAAAUGCUGCGCUCACCUAAUAACACAGGUUGACUUUCCUAAUUAUGGAUAGGCACUGUUCCAAACCUAUCCCAGCUGUCACUUUAUGUUUGAAUGGUUUGCUCUCUGUAGAAGGAAGGAAAAAGAGAAACAGAGAGAGGAAAAGGGAGGGAGGGAGAGAGGAAGGGGAGGAAGGAAGGAAGGAAGGAAGGAAGGAAGGAAGGAAGGAAGGAAGGAAGGAAGGAAGGAAAGAAGGAAGGAAGGAAAAUUAUCCUGCCUAUUCCAUACCAUUUGAAUAACUUCUCUAGAGUUUUUGAUGAACUUCAUUGUAAAAGGUUAGAAGGCAUUAAGAGUUAGCAUGUGUGUUAUAUUUAUAACAUAUUCUUGCAGCCAAAACACAAAAGUAGACUAACCAAGUUGAAUUUGAUUUUCAAGAAAAAAGGUGGGGGAGGGAUCAGGGGCAUUAAAAAUAAGAGGUUAGAACCCAGGAGGCCAUCCUAAUCUACAGGACCAACGAGGCUGGAUUCCUCUAUUGUCUUAUCUUAGCUGCUUCUUUACUUGCACUGUCAAAGACUUCACAGUCCCAGAGGGUAUGCCAGAAAGGGGCCUUUCUAAAGUAAUCCUGUGAACACUGCAUUUCUUUGCUUCUUUAGUGAAAAACAUUUCAAGACAAACGAAAGGAAAUAAUAGAAAACCCCCCUCUUCAUUGCUUUGCUGAUUUUGAGAUGUGCCCUCAAAUAUCCCUGAAAUCAUACAGAGCCAACAUGACUGCCAGAUCUGGCAAUAUGUUCUAAAUCUCCACUCUCUACCAGAUUAUUUCUAUUUUUUAAGCUCUUUCACUUUGGAAGCAGACAUAUGGAAAGCCUUCCAGGCACACUGGAAUGCACAUUGUAUCAGUUCGAUCAGUGUGUAUAUGUGGAAGAUACCCAGAACUCCAUGCUUCUGCAGCCUGGUAGACAUCUUUUAAAGUUGCUGUUGCUGGACUAUUCAAAUAUAUGAAAAGAGUUAUCUUAGCUGUUAACAGGUAGAAGGAGACAUGGAUCGUGGGCAAUGACUCAAAAUAAAUCUUAAAUUACAGGGACUCUAUGACACAUUAAAAAAAAAUUAAAGACCAAAAAGAGAUGUUUGCCAUUUCUAAUCUACUAGCUGCUGCAUGUAUGGUUUUGCACAAUCACUUUAUAAUGUCGUGGGAAGAAGCAGACAGGGGAGACAUCACUGAGAGAAAACACUUGAUACACUUGAUAUUUAUUACCACGCGUGUUUUAAAGUUUACCCCACCUUCCUGCCCAUCUCCAGCACUGAACGUGAAAGAUGCAGUGUUGAAGGGUUACUCUGUGGACCUAGUCCAAGUUUAGUGAAAUGCAAUGUCAAGAAAGUCAAUGAGGAAAUUAAAUGUAAAUUCUGAGCAGGCAUUUACUGGGUUACUUGAGCAACCAAUAAUUAUGAAUUUCUGUUAUUUGGCAGUGACUUAUCUGUCUAUUUCUUACCCAAAAAGCCCAUCAGAAGGCAUUCCUUACAUUAUUGUUAACCUCCUGAUCACUGUUCUUAAGGAUAGAUACAUAUAUGUGUAUGUAGUCAAGGGGACAUCCUUCCCCUCAGUAUCUGUAUGAUUUGCUUAUUGUUAAUGUACUGAGUGAGCUCCUUUGUGCAUCAGGAAAAAAAAUUAAAUGAGA